AGCCCAAGUCGUAUAUCCCCUAUGGCAAACUGGUCGAGUGAGUUGGGGUGUAUACUGUCUGCGCUCCUUGGCCAAUGGAACCAGAUCCUCCCUGCUGUGCGUAAGAGCGCAAUUUAGGAUUUAACCAAGUCUUUGCUGCGGGGCUGGUAGCAGUUGGAGAGAGCCCGUCGGCGUAAGCACACAUCACACAAUGCGAGUGUAGUCUUCAGUCAGUCUUCAGACGUCUCAGUGGAGUCAGACUGCCCUUUUAACGUCGCUGCUUUCGAAAUAUGACUGGAGUAUUCGACCGAAGGAUUCCGAGUAUCAAACCUGCUGAGUUCCAGAAUCCUUUUCAACUUUCCUCCGCCAUGCAUCACCCGUCUCAGGAAUCCCCUACGCUACCCGAAUCUACGGCCACGGAUUCUGGCUACUACAGCCCGGCUGGAGCUGGGCACCAUGGCUAUUGUUCGCCCAAUUCCUCUUCGUAUGGGAAACCGCUCAAUGCCUACCAGUACCAGUACCACGGCGUGAACGGAUCUGCGGGAAAUUACCCUGCAAAAACGUACCCCGAUUACAGCUCAUACACAGCGUCUGCUUACCAUCAAUAUACUGGGAACUAUAACAGAGUACAACCACAACCAUUAAGUCCGCAAGAGAAAGAAAUUGCUGAACCUGAAGUGAGGAUGGUAAAUGGAAAGCCCAAGAAAGUCAGAAAACCACGGACAAUCUACUCCAGUUUUCAGCUCGCCGCGCUACAACGGCGAUUUCAGAACACACAGUACCUGGCGCUGCCGGAGAGAGCAGAGCUCGCGGCUUCGUUGGGACUGACGCAAACGCAGGUCAAAAUCUGGUUCCAGAACAAAAGGUCAAAACUGAAGAAAAUCAUGAAGAACGGUGAGCUUCCACCCGAACACAGCCCAAGCUCCAGUGACCCGAUGGCUUGCAACUCUCCGCAGUCUCCGGCUGUCUGGGACACGCAGGGAUCCUCGAGGCCUCACGGCCACCAGACACAGAACAUCAACUCCGCGACCUCCACCUUUUUGGAAAACUCCGCGUCUUGGUACGCCACGGCUGGUGCUAUGAAUUCCCAUCUCCAGACCCCCAACUCAAUACAACACUCUUUGGUUCUUGGAUCGGGGACGUUAUACUGAAACCCAGUUCAACAAAUAUUUCCAUUGUAUGGGACUCGUGUUAAAAUGUUCAGAGGAAUAUGCAAUGUAGGCCUAUUGAUGACAGUCAUAGAAGAACGUGUAUAAUGUGUAAAUGUGUGCAUGUAAUUUAUUGCAUUUUGGAAGACUAAUUAAACGUUUUAAAUGGACAAUGGCGAGAGACUUUCAAUGACGCCAUCCUGAAUUAUGACUUGCAUUUUUUAUGCAUUUUUUUUUGCAUACCCACAAAUCAUCCCUCACUAUAACUGAUGUAACAUAUGGCUUUAGAUAGGCUAUUUGUACUGAAAAUCAAGGAAAUAACGUUACAGAAUUAGUCUACUCCGUAAAACACUUUGAAAUCAUACAGCUCAACUCGCGAUUAUUUGACCUUUUGUAAGCCAUAUUUGGUCAGUGGUUCAAAUUCGUGAUUCCUUAUAGACAACUUGACUUUUUUGGGCUCAACUAUACAAACAAGGAGAUGGAUGGAAUGACUGGUUUUAUAUAUGCGUUCCAUCAGACUAUAUUAUUAUUGUUCCACAAUCACGGAAUUCUCAGGGGGAGUGCCUGCUGGCACCUCAAAAGGUUAGGUAGGAUUUAUUUUGUCAUAUAGGUACAUGUUUAGGACUGCAAACUUUUUGGUUAUACGCUAAGACAGGCGGUACAAUUAGUUGUUUAGAGUGAAUCUAAAACUAAACUGACACCAUGUCGAAGAGAACAUCAUAGGUUAUUGGUUUUGAUAUCCAAUUUGGAUGAAUUUAUUGCAGAUAAUGCGUUAUUAUAGUUGUACAUAUUUCUCUUCUUAAAGACAAAUAUCCAAGAAAUUACAUGCUAUU